AUGUCAAGCGCAAAAGGCGAUAAAUUGGCACCACGCCCACCUUCGUACGGCUCGAAUCAAUCCGCUACGCCGACCUACUCUUUACCACCUCAUCCAUCUACGACCUAUCCGCAGCGCCAUCAAAGCCCUGCAUCUCAUGCAGCAGCUUCAACGCUUGCCGCGCUUGCAUCCAGCCCACCUGCCUCCUCGAGCACUGCUAGCCCGCAUCCACCGAAUGUCCUUCCGACACCCUCGUCUGCAUCGACAUCCUACAACGCUCGUCCAAGCACCACAUCCACGUUGAAUCAGAGCCUAUAUUCCAGCUCGGCAUCCCCAGCGGCAAAAGCAGCCACGGCUGGCAUCUCUCCUUCCGGUUCACCGCUUAGGAAGGAGGUCCAUAUGAGCAGCACAAAGCAAACUCCCGCUGCGUCCACUUCAACGCUGGCAAAGCCUGCAUCUUCAUCAACAACAGGCACACCUACGCCUUCUUCAGCGUCAAAGGAAUCUGGCUCGAGUAAACGCAAAAAGGCAACUCGAGCCUGCUUACACUGCCAAAAGGCACAUCUGACCUGUGAUGACUCAAGGCCGUGUCAACGCUGCGUCAAGAAGGGUCUUGCCGAAUCGUGCAUGGAUGGUCGCCGCAAAAAAGCAAAGUAUCUCUUGGACGAUGAUGAGCUCGAGGAGCUCAGACGCCAAAAGGAAGCCAAAAAAGCGGCGAAACAAGCAGUCCAGCAAAAGAACGCGCCGAGUCCGCAACAGCGCCAGUCGCGGCCAUCGCAGCAGGACUCGGCCAAGUCAACACCCCAGAACUCUGAUCCAUCUUCAGAAAAGGCAUCUGCAGUUAGCAGCAUCCUCGAUCAGGUUGCCGGUAGCAUAGCCACGCCCAGUUCUUCUGGUCACGGACCUUCUCCGCAUGCACACGACUACCUCUCGAGCAAUCCGUUUGACUCUUCCAAUGGAGGAGUAGACGACACACAAGCGUCAUCCAAUAACGGUGGUGCGCUGCCCUUCGAUCUCUCUUUUGAUCCCUCGACCCACAAUUUCGGUAGCGAGGCAACAAGUCUUGAAUACUCGAUUCUGUCUUCGAUGCUCAACGGCACAGAUUUGCAACUGAUGGGUGCAUCGGGAGCGAGUCCAGAUCUGCAGGCUUCGCCAGCGGUGGGUGUGAUGAAUGGAUGGAACAUUGCCAGCGGCGAAUUAGACGCUAUUCUGAAUAUAAGCAUGCAGCAGAACCAGGUCCCAGGCGCUGGCGGUAUGGAUACGGUCGCGGCCACCUACAGCGAUACAGCAGACAUGGGAGUCUAUGCGGAUCCGCAACCCAACACGGGAUUGCAAGAUGUUGGAGGAGGAGAUAGUGCGCUCAAUGCGCUCGAAGUGCCUAGCUCUCAGUGUACCGCAAAGGAAGAGCCCAUUUUGCUGUCGAGCGGCAGCGGCAACGGCAACGGCAACGGCAGUGGCAGCGGCAGCGGCGAAGCACAGCAAGCGGGCAGCAACAACCAAGUCGACUUAGGCUCGUCGUCUCAGCGUUCCACAUCGAAUGAACCCGUUGCAGCAGAUAUCAACCGCGCGAUCGCUUCUCGUCGCGUCGCGCGUCAGCAGCAGGACACCAUCUGGCGCGCACGCAUCGCCAAAACCUACCGCGACAACACCGCGCCUUUCCCCUAUCCGGAAGGCUAUCACUUCCUGAUCAAGUACGUCACGUCCAAAUACGAAAAGCAAGAUGUGCUGCGCAUCGUCCGUGCGCUCGCCAUCUUUCGACCGUCGCUGAUCGCGCUUCAGAUGCCGCUCACGGAAGAGGACGAGAUCUUUGUUGAACGUUCCUUCCAACGAACCAUGCUCGAAUUUGAGAAACUUAUCAGUUUCAGUGGCACGCCGACGGUGGUUUGGCGACGAACGUGCGAGAUCUGCGUCGUAGGUGCCGAAUUCUGCAUGCUCACGCAGUGGUCCAAGGAUCAGUUGAUGGGCAGGAGGAUCUACGAGUUUAUGGAUAAAAAUUCAACGCUGGAUUAUUGGGAGAACUUUGCGCAGCACGCAUUCGAGAACACUACGCAGAGCGUCAUGACGACAUGCACGCUAGUCAAGCCGGAUGGAAAGCUCGUUCCCUGCGCUUGGAGCUUCACCAUCAAGAGAGAUAUCUUUGAUCUACCCAGCUUGGUGGUAGGUAACUUUUUGCCGAUCUUGUCGUAG